CUCACCAGUUUUACAGAAAAUGAGAAAUCGCAGACGUGAUUCAAUCUGUACGGACUUCGGGAAGAGCUAGGAGACAGUGGUGAACCGGGAUCUAAACCUCGCCGACGAUGUGAAGAUGGUGACGAGGAGGAGAUCGUAAUUCUUUAGGUUUCGAUAUGCAAAACAAGACGAUCGGCGAUCCAAAGCUCCACCGCCUGAAACGCAACAUCGAAUUGAUCACACCGAAUAUCUUCAGAUUUCGGAUAUGCUCUUCCGGUGGUAGCUUCAAAAUACACGCCGGGAACUCCUUGAUACGCUACAUGGAGAGUAGAUCCAUGCGUUUUGCUGCAGCUUUGAAGAAACAAGGCUCAGAUCGACGGAGCCGUUACUGUGACCGUUAACGACGGUGACUUCAUCUGCUAAACCACCGAUGAUUGAGUUUGAACUUUCCGUUUCUAAGUUUUUCAUUUUGGGUAUAUGAGAGAGUUAAAUAAAAACAAAUUGGGCUUUGUAGGUCUUUACAAAAUUGGUAGACAUGAUUCUUUGUUAUUGGGUUCUAAUACUCCAUGUGUUUAUUUUUUCAUUAUGUAAACUAAUGAAAGUUGCAUACUUAA